UGGAGGAGCCAUGGCUGCACAUAAUCCUGCAAGAACUCUCCAGGAUGAAGCUUCUUGUUCCAUCUGCCUGGAUUAUUUUAAGGAUCCAGUGACUGUCGACUGUGGCCACAACUUCUGCCGAGCCUGCAUCACCCAGUGCUGGUCAAGGUCGGAUACAAACAUCUCUUGCCCUCACUGCAGACAGGCGUUUCCCCAGAGGAACCUCAGGACGAACAGACAGCUGGGGAACGUUGUAGAAAUAGCCAAGCAGCUGAACAAGCAAAAAGAAGAAGAUGCUGAUGUGGGGAGAGUGUGUGAGAAACACCAGGAGCCCCUGAAACUCUUCUGUGAAGAUGACCAAAGGCCCAUCUGUGUGGUGUGUGACAAGUCCAAGACACACAGGGCUCACACCGUGGUUCCCAUUGAGGAUGCUGCCCGAGAGUACAAGGAUCAAAUUAGGAGCCGUUUGGAGAGAUGGAAGCAGGAGAUAACAGAGAUUGAAGAACUGAAAAUGGUUGGAGAAAUGACAAGCCAGGAACUUCUGGAAGAGACAGAGAAUGAAAGGAAGAAGGUUCUGUCUGAAUUUGAGUCCUUGCAUCAGUUCCUGGAGGAGAGAGAAUUGUUCUUUCUAGCCCAACUGGAAGUGCUAGACAAGGAGACUGUGAAGAAGCAGAAUGAAUAUACCACGGGGCUUACCCAGGAGAUAACUCAUCUCAAAAACUUGAUCAGUGAGAUGGAGGGGAAGUGCCAGCAGCCAGCAAGUGAAUUCCUGCAGGACAUCAGAAAUACCUUGAGCAGAUGUGAAAUGGGGAAGUUUCAGAGUCCAGCAGCCCCCUUUCUGGACCUGGAAAGGAGAAUCAAGGGAUUUUCUGAGAAGCACACACUGAUGGAGAAUGCACUGAGCAGUUUCAAAGAGACACUGUCAUCUGAACCAAAGAUGGGAAAAGUGACUCCAACAUCUGGGAAGCAGCUGGGCAAAGUGAAUGUGACUCUGGAUCCAGUCACAGCUCACCCCCAACUUGUCCUAUGUGAAGACAGGAAAAGUGUGAGAUGGGACUAUGCACGGCAGGACAUGCCUGACAACCCCAGAAGAUUCGAUCCUGUUCCCUGUGUGAUGGGCAGUGAGGGAUUCACAUCAGGGAGACAUUACUGGGAGGUGGAGGUGGGUGGUGUUGGCUGGGCGGUGGGAGUUGCUAGAGAGUCAGUGAGGAGGAAGGGAGGGAUCAGCCUUGAGCCACAGGUGGGAAUCUGGGCAGUUGGGCAGUUGAACCCAGUUCAGUUUGUGGCUCUCACUUCUCCUUGGACUAGCCUGCCUCCACAUCAGCGACUCAGGAAAAUCAGGGUUGUCUUGGACUAUGAAGGGGGCCAGGUGGCAUUUGUCAAUGCUGAGACCCAGACUCAGAUCUUCACCUUCACAGCAGCCUCUUUCACUGGGAGAAUCUUCCCGUUCUGCUGGGUCACAGAUGAAAAAGCCCAAAUCCGAAUGUGUUACUGAGACAUGUAGUAAAAUAUCUGCCCAAAGGGCAGAGCCUUUGUUGCAAACUCUCAAGACAUCCUGCUGACUGGCUUCUAUUGCGUCCCUCCUAUACUCUUGUACUGACUGCAUCGCAGCAGCGUCCAAGGGCCCCAGUUGUCUGACACCACAGCUCUGGCUGGCGCUCUGAAUAGGUGUGUGGCUUUGCCAACUCUUGCAGCCUGUUUUUCAGUGUCUUUGCUGCAGCACAUGGUAUCAAUGCCAGAGAACAGAGGCCUUUCUUUUGGAGCAGAAAUCUUGUAUAGAGAGAUCAGUGGCAAUUUGGGUAAUUUGAGAGGGAAGUUUAUUUAAAAAAAAAGAAAAAAGAAGAAAAAAUGCAUAAAAGGAAAAAUGAGGGAGAUCAUGAGCUUUUUUGGAGCAGAAACCAUGUCUCUCCCUCAUGUCUGUGCAACAGCCAAUGGAAUAGGGGGGAAUUGAUCUCAGCUGGUGUAAGGACUUUCUCCCCAUGUCAGUGCAGCGCUUACCAUGGGGGGGGACCCUGAUCUCAGCUAGGACCUCUGGGUGCUCUUAUAAUACAUAGUACCUAGGGGAUAUCAUGACUAUGAGAGUCAUCCAGAAGAUUCAUAAACUUGUGGAAAAAUUUUCAGGCACAUCUACUGUGACUUAGGAUUCCAAUUCCCAGUUUCCACAGUCACUGUGUGGUUCUUAGGAGCCUAAGAGGACAUGGGAUUUAAGUUCCUAAGUCACUAAGGUACACUUGGAAAUGUGCCCCUUUUUCAGUCUUAUGUGCUAUUCUUCCCUCAAUCCAGUUGCUGUAUCAGUAGCUGAUUUCAAUCCGUCUCUAUGAAUACAUCCCUCACUGGGGCUGCAGGUUGGGUCCUUGCAUGACUUCAAAAAGUAGCCAUUGCUGAAGGAUGAGCUGUCACAAUCCUGUCAUUGCUUCCUAGACAAGAGGCAACUGUCUUGUGUGCCCACUGUUCACAUAAGGGUUCAGAGGUCAAAGUUAACAUAUGCAUUUAGGCUUCAUGUUUGUUUAGCAUAAAUAAAAUUAUAUUUUUAAAUAAUUUAUAUUGUACUGUGUUGCUCCCUCCCCUAGAUUCCCCAACCCCAUGUCC